CAGCGCUCACGCCGGAGCCGCCGAGACAGCCGGUGGUGCUAGUAGAUGAAGUGGCGGGGGCGCAGCAACGGGUUCUCCAUGAGCAAGCGGCGGAGGCAACGGGUGCGGCGGCACCGGUGUUUUUCGGUCCCCGAGGAGGAUGAAGACAUUGUUUGAAGAGAUCAAAGCAUCAAUUAAAAAUAACUAUAACCAAGAUCGCUCAUUUUGGAGGCCUGUUCUUCCUUGGGGAGGUGUUUUUACUAUCAAAGCUGGCCGCAAAGCAGUAUCCUGUACACCACUGUACGUUGAAAUAAGACUGAAAAAUACCUGCACCAUAGAUGGAUUCUUGAUGUUAUUAUAUGUAAUUCUUAAUGAAAAUGAAAAUUUCCCCAGGGAACUCUCUCUUCAUUUAGGUAGAGAGUUUGUAGACUGUUUUCUUUAUUUAAUGGACACGUACAGUUUUACAACUGUGAAGCUACUCUGGAUUUGGGACAAGAUGGAAAAACAGCAAUAUAAAUCUGAAGUUCAUAAAGCUUCACUAAUAAUUGAUUUGUUUGGGAAUGAACAUGAUAAUUUUACAAAAAAUCUUGAAAAUCUCAUGUCUACCAUACAAGAGAGUUACUGUUCCAACUGGCGAUGCCCAACUCGAGUGCAAGAAGAUCAGCAGCGCACAAUUAAUAUAAAUCCUCCCCAAGAAAUACCACAUGGAAACUUGAUACGACUGGCUGUGGAUGAGUUAUUCUGUUCCAGGAUUGAACUGUGUGAAGAAAGUGGGUACAAUAAAACCUUGGUUAACCGGAACCGAGCUUAUCAGGACCCUCAAUUAACUGGAUUUUUUUUUCUGCACUCCUCAUUUAGAAGAAAGAGGUGUAGUGGCUUAAGAGAAUUUUCCCAACGAGUUUUCUGCCAUGGGGCACCCCCUUUUGUUGUCUUAAAUAUGCAGCAUUGGAAAUCUGAAGACCUGGCAUAUGUACCCUACUACUUGGAUUUAUCUGAUCACAAGUAUUUAUUGGAAGGUGCCACAUUAUUUAACAAAGAGGAACAUCAUUAUUCUGCCGCAUUCCAGAUAGAUGGACAUUGGAUGCACUAUGAUGGCCUCAGAAAUGUGAAUUUAAUUUUGUUAAAUAAACCCCCAGAGUUUCUUCUCUUGUCAUCAUUGGUUUAUAUUCGAGCAACAGAGAAAUAAAUAUAGACUGAUGCUAAAUUAAAUUGUUUUCCUUGGUAUCCAAGGAAACAGUUCAACUAUACUAGUUUCAGGGGUGUGUUUUCCAGUAUUUUAGCCCCACGUAAAUGUUUUAUAUAGAGAAUCUAUGCAAAAAUGUUUAUAUUUCUUUUAUCUACAUCCUGGGUUAUUUUUAUACAAGCAUAUUUUAUGUUGAAAUAAAAUAUAUCUUGUAGCCUUUGUAUUUUUAUUUGUAAGUACCUCAAAGGUUUUUUAUAAUUCUAUCCUUGAAUCUAAGAAAAUACUUGAUCAUUUGAAUUCUCAAUUUUUUUUUUUGAUAUCCAAAGAAAACCUGAUACAAGUCAGUAUUUCAGUUUAUAAACUUAACAGUUCAAAAUGUAUCUGACUAUAUUUCUUUGCCCUACCUCACUAUAAUCCGAAGUGCACUAUUGGACCUAGUAUGGACUUGAAUGUAUAACUUAUAGAUGGCUUAGUCUGUUUUACCUUUUGAUUUGCCUAAUUUCCCUACGUCAAUUUUUUAAAAAACACUUUGGUGAAAAUGUUCUUCUGGGCUUGAAUUAUUUCUUUAUAAUGACAAAUUACUUUAGCCAUUUGCUAAAAUAUUAUAAACUUGCCAGUAUUUUAAGUGGUAUUUAAGCCCUCUGUUAUUGUUAAUGGAAGUUAUUGUUACAAAUAAAUUAUAUAAUUAAUGUAAACAUUUAUCUCAUAAUUAAAUAUAAUGGAAAUUCUCUACUAAAAAUUAUUUUGCAAAUACAACUGUAAAAGAUAAUAGGCAACUGGAUGUUUACUAAUGUUGGAUUAACAAUAGAAAUGUACUUUAAAUAUAUAUUUAAAAGAAAAUGGGUGCUCAAAGACCCUAAGAGUUUCUUCCUUUUGCAAUUUAAAGGAAAAAUUAGGUAAUAUUCCCAGUAGUCCAUCUUAAGUUCUGGGUUGGAGCUGAGUGUAAUAUAUUUGGAGAGUUUACUUAACAACACAGUUCACUGCCAUAUACCAAAUUGCUAAGGUUUAAGUCAAUAAAUUAAGUCUUAUAUUGGUUUGGUGCCAUGCUGAAAUAACUUUACUAAAGAAUGAAUAAACGUGAGUACAGUGUUGCUGAGAAUGACUCACUUUGAGCAAAUGCUAUGAAAAUUCUUUUUUAUGCAAGAUAAAAAGUAGUGAUGUAUUUUCAAAAAAAAAAAAAUCACCCCAGGGUUGAUUUAAAUAGUUCCUCACAUGUAUUUAAAUAGGAUUUGAUUUACAAUAAACUUUUCUGGGACAUUUUAUUGCAUGAAUGAAAGUAUACAAAAACACAAAUAUUAGGAUAUACACAAAUGAUGUAAAUAACAAAUUAUUCCUGAUGCAAAUUUAUUCUUUUAGGAAUUGCACUUUAUUUGGAAUAACACUAAUUUAUCACAAAACAAUGACUUACCUACCUCACAGGGUUGUUGUGAGGAUUAAAAUGUUUGUUAAAAUAUUGACUACUCUUAACAUGCUAAUAAAAAAACAUAUUU